AUGGCGGACGUCGCCACGUGUGCAGCUCCGCCGAUAGACCACACGCAUUUGCACCAGCACGCGCAGCUCUCGCAGCACCAUUCCCCCCAGCAGCAGGGAGCAGUCGCGGAAUCGCGCGGAGGCCACUUGACCCGCCGACUGCUAAGCCUCGCCUUGCCGCUCCGCGCUUCUGCCAAGCGCACCAUGCCGCCCGGCGAUUCGCCCAGGCGUCGCUGGGUGGUGGAAGUGCCUCUGUCCACCGCUCUCAACGCCACCGACCGCGAGUCGACGGCGGCACUGGGUCGAUGCGUUGAGGACGCGUGGACUGUGGUGCAGCGCGCCGUUGCUGACGUGGCUCGGCAACAAGCCACGUCGCAGGUGGUACUGGUGCUGGUGGCGGUGGUGCCAUCGUCGGCCGCGAGAAUUCCCGGCGAAGGGGAUAGGGGGGAGGAGGGGAAGCAAGGCGGCGAGCGCGAGGGGGAGGAAGGAUUUGAGGCGUGGGUGGUGCAGCGCGUGCUCCGACCGCUGGUGCAGCGAGCGACACGAGCCAAGGUGCUGGCCGCCUUCCACGUGGAAAGGGCAGCGUCGCAGGGCGGAGCUAGCAGUUCACGUUUGCCACAUCAGCAGCAGCGUGUGCACGGCGUGUGUGCUGCUGCGCGCCACUUCGACGCCGAGCGCGUGUACCUGCCAUCCAACCUCUUCACCGCAUCCAACUCCGUGGACUCCGCCGCUGAAUCUUCCGCCGAAUCCGCCGCUUGCCAAGCUUCACAGGCAGCAGAAUCGCCCCGCGCAGCCCUCGCGCCUCCCCCUGACGGUCGUGGUGGUGGUGGUGGUGGUGGUGGUGGUGGCGCUGCUGCUGCUGGCUCUGCACGUGGCGCUUUGGGCGAGGAGGGAGGACGGCGCGGGUGGGCUCGGAGUGGAAGUGUCCCCGCUGCUAUCGCACGGCCGCGCCCGCAGCAGCCGACCGCACAGGGGCCGACGAUGCGGCAAGGCCAGGGGCAGGCGCAACGGAUGGGGAGAGAAGCAGGCGGAAGCGGCGCAGGAUCAGCGGGGGAGAUUGCUUCCGCUGAGCGGAUGCGUAGGGCGCAGGAGGAGCGCGGUGCGGUAAUGAGAGGCGACGGCGGUGACAGGGUGGGGCUGGGGGAAGGCGAUGGAAGGGUGGCGGGGGGGAACGGCGGAAGUGCGCAGUGGCGCUUACAGAACUCCGCCAUGCCGCUGCAGCGCCGCGCGGGGGGAGGGGCGCACGACGGCAGCGGCGCGACUCGUAGUGCUGAGCGGGAACAGCCUGUGCCAGGACCCACGUUAGCGGAUAGGCAGUCGGGGGCAGGGAACUCAAGGAGUGGGCCACUGCCGGCUGUGCCGCCAGCAGAGCGCGGUGCUGCUGGCGGUGCGGGGCAGGGGCGGAGAGGAGGGGAGGGCGCGGGAUGGAUUCGCGGGGGCACGGGUGGCGAGCAGGAUAGAGAGGGCGGAGUAGUGAGACAGGCAGGCGGCGCUGGGCAGUCGGCAGGGGGCGCGCGGUCGGGGCCAAUGCAGCUGCUGGGUGCCGCCACGCAAGGGUGGUCGCAACCUGGGAAGCAGCAGCUGCAGCCGCAGCAAGGCGCAGGCCACGGCAUGCCGUCGCCCCUCUCCUCCCCGUCCCCCGCCUACCCCGCCUUCGUACCCGCCAGCCACACCAUGCCGAUAGGGCCGUCGCCCCCAGGCCACGCCAUCCCCCCCUCCGUCUCCGCUCCCCCGGGUGCCCCCAUGCCGGCUCCAUGCGCGGCCACCGCGCCCGCCACCCCUCCGCACGCCGCACAGCGCGUAACAGGGUCAGGCAGUGGCAGUAUCAGCGGCAGGUAUGGUGAAGAGAAUAUGCCUGUCAAUCCUGCAGCAGCAGCCGCAGCAGGUGCUAGUGCAGGCGUGACAGCAUACCACUCCCCCGCCACCACUCCUCCUUCUCUUUCUCCUUCCCCGUCGACCCUCACGGCCCCCCGAUCCCCCUGGUCUCUCCCGCGCGCUCCCCGCCUCCCCGCCGCCACGCCGCUCCCCGCCGCGCCUCCGCCGGUGGUGAAGGAGCGCGCCAAGGGCGGGUUGUUCCAGCGCCGCCACCUCAAGCGCGGCGGCAGCGAGGGCUGCCGCAGCGUUCUCGACGCCGUCGCUGUAGCCUCCUCCGCCCGCUCCCCCGCCGUUCCCCCUUCCGCGCAUUCCUCCUCCGUGCUCCCCAUCUCCCCCAUUUCGCCUCACACAUUCUCCGCCUCACUCUCCGCCGCCGUCUCCCCCAUCCGCGCAUCGCUCUCCCCGGAUCCCUCCACCUCCGCGGGCGCGGCACCUGGCGCGCUCAUAUGGGGCGGGGAAGUGUUUCCGCAUGGGGCGUGGAGCGGAGGUGGCGCGGCAGGAGUGACAGGGGAAGGGGUGAGCGAGGAGCGCGAGAAAGGGGAGCGGGAGAUGGCAGGGCGGCAGCUGGUGGUGCAGGUGCGGGAGGUGGAAAAGGGGGAGGGUGGGCGCAAGGGGCCAGGGGAGGGCGAGAAAGCACGAGAGGUGGUGGCGGCGGCGGCGGCGCGGCGGUGGUUGAUGGAUGAAUUGGCGGCGCUGGGCGUGGACAGCGGGGAGGAGAGCGGGGCGGGGGAGGGGGAGGAGGAGGGGGAAGGGGAGGGCGCAAGGGAGAAGGGCGCGCGGGAGCGGGGCGUGCGAAGUGAGCGGGCUGGAGAGACGCGUGGUGAGCCGACGGUCGCCCACCAGAGAGCAGUGGGCGGACGAGGUGAGUCCCUGCUGCUGCUGCUGCUGCUGCGCCUCCCCUCCCUCCCGGCUCCCUUUCCCCUUCCCCUCCCCCCUUUUGCUGGCGUCUCCACUCUGUGCGCCGCACUCUCGCCCCCACGUGCACACCCUUGCUCCUCAGCCAUGUCUGUACCUCCAGUCCCCUUCCCCCGCCCCCACGGACCUCAUCUCCCCCAUGUCUCCCUCUCCUUCCCCUCUCCCCUCCUUGCCUUUCCCCCCACUUUCCUCUCCCCUCACUUUCCCCCCGUCCCCUCCUCUCCCCCGUCCGUGCCGUUACAGCGUAAUCCCAGCCGUCUAUCGCGCUCCUCGCUCUCCCUGCCGCGCCACUCCGUGCCACUGCCCGCCCAAGUGAACCCCCCAGCACCCGCGCCUGCCGCCAGCUCCUUCUCGGGUCCGCUUCGCCUGGGCGCCGCCAAUACCGCGGGCAGCGCGGGCGCCGCCAGCAGCGCGGGGCAGACGGGCGGCGGGCGCAGGGGAGCGACAGGGCGAAGGGGGAGCGGGAAGGGAGGGGACGGGGAUGGUGGCGGGGGUGCGUCCACCACGUUGCUUGAGCGCCCGCCCUCCCCCGCUCCCUGGGUCCCUCGCCCCGGCCAAUCGUCCGCGCGCCUCGCGCGCACCAGCAGCUCCAUCUCCUCUGCUGCGCGCCCGCCCUGCGCUGCUGCCCCGGGGGGGCGACCUGGGGGGAGCGUGGGCGGGAGCGCAGGCGGAAACACAGGCGGAAACCCAGGCGGGAGCAUGGGGGGGGGCAUGGGGACAAACAUGGGGGGAGCAUGA